AUGACUGCCUUGCAACAAUCUUCGCUACCGAUGCAUUUGCUGCCGCAAUCUGCACCUUCAUCAUCAUGGUAUCAAGUUCGCUGCUUUUCCUCGCUCUUUCCGAUAAGGCCUGCUGGGUUUAGGAAGUUUAGCAACUCGGCCUCUCUGGCGAGAUUGAGGCAUAAGCCUUUUCGCUAUGUGCACGGCCAGUCUUCGUAUCGUCGCGUACCGACCAAGGAGCCGGAAAACGUUCCAGCAACUUCUGUUCGCACCUGGGAUGAAAGCCGACAACGAACCCUACGGGUUAAGACUCCAAGAACAAGAUCUCAAGCGCAGUGGUACGGACAAUAUCUAGUUCGAGAUAUUGUGAAGCGCAUUUACCACUACCGAAGCCGUCCCGACGAACGCAGCAACAGUGGCGCACCAGGUUGGUGGGGAGAGAGCGAAACGCUGAAACAAUCCUCUGAAACGCAACAGGAAGAGUCCCCAGCAUCAUCCACCACGGACGCGACUCUUACCCACCUCACUUCUGACGGCGAAGCGCAUAUGGUUUCUAUCACGAACAAGAAACCGACCUCUCGCUCCGCCACGGCAACAACUUUACUCCUUUUCUCCCACUACGGGACAUACGGCGUUUUGUUUGCGUCGCGGCUACGAAAGGGUGACGCACUGGCUGUGGCACGGGUAGCAGGCAUUCAGGCUGCAAAGAAGACGUCUGAUCUCAUCCCUCUCGCUCAUCCAGGCCUCAACAUCACGGGCGUCACAGUCCGCUUAGAGCCAUUUAUGGGAGACAACUUGCCUUAUCCGCUGUCAGAGGGCAAAGUCGACGCAGCUAUUCCCAGCGAUAUCAAGAGACUCUACGGUGGUGUGCUGGUCACAGCCACGGUUGCCUGUGAAGGUAAAACCGGCGUGGAGAUGGAAGCCAUCACCGCGGCGUCUGUGGCGGGACUGACCAUGUACGACAUGCUCAAGGGCGUGGACAAGGAAAUGGUUUUGACUGGGACGCGGGUCACGGCGAAAAGUGGCGGCAAAUCUGGAGACUGGGAAUGGGACUACAAACUAGGCGAGCGCAUAUCUUUCAAUAGCUCCAACAGAGAAAAAAACAAUCACGUCCAGAGCAACGGGGCAAAACAGACGGAACAGGGUGUGGAGGAGCAGGACCAACUCCUCAAGCAGCGAGAGAUACGGCAGGCCGUCGACCAGAGACGAGAGGAGAGCUCCACCAAGGGACAAAUCUCAGCUGAGGACCUGGCCAAUCUGCGAACGAGGCGGCUGAGGAGACUGCAUGCUUCUCGAAAGGCCAACCACAGGACCCCCGUUGCCCCGGCCAAGGGUGAUGCAUUCUAG